AUGAAGUUCACCUCUAUCACAGCUGUCCUGGCCAGUGUCACUGCCGUCAGUGCUGGAUGGGAGUCAGUCUAUAUUGUCAACUCCAGAAAAGGCAAUGAGAUCUCCAGUGGCUGCGCCUACUACACGGACAACGCCGGUGCCUGGGGUAGACGCCCUGACGACUACGUCGACGUUACCCACGGGCGGCACCACGUUUGGGAAGGCAAACGUACCGCUUGUCGAUUUGGUUCUGGGGUCACUUUUAAUGUCGAUAUCAACGCUAAUGCCUUUGACCAAAACAACAACGCCUGGGUUGGAGGUGGGAACAAUGGUUUCAAGCAGUUCACUUGUCACAAAACUCAUGACAGGGCUGCCACUGUUCCAACUCUGUAUACUGUAGAUGGAUGGACUGUUCAAGGUAUCUACUGGUGCAGGGAGUAUGUUGGAGGCAAGCGAGAUUGGACUGCGUAG